ACAAACAACUUGCGCACGCUUUACAACCACUUGCUGCACUUGGGCGCGACGGCGCACAACUUCCAUCGCCAAACGUUUCAUCGAAUUUCCUAGAUCUUUUGAUUCAAUCUGACAAUCCUCUACCUAGGAACGCGCUGCUACGUUGUGGCGCCUUGCCAUCCGAGUUUGGGCCCGUAAUUCUUGACCCUGACUCACGGCGGCUUGGCGGGGCCGACCACCUUUUGGUGACAUUUAACCAUACAGCCUCUGUAGACGUUUUCGCCCGCGACUAUGUCCGGCGACAGCAGCGCCGGCGAGCGCCGUAGGCGAUAUCCACUGGCUAACAUAAAGGGCGGCUGGUCUGCGGUGGAGGACACAACACUGAAGAGGCUUGUGGAGGAGUUUGGUGAGGGCAACUGGAGCGUCAUCGCCCGUCACCUUAACGCAUCGCUGGGCAAGCCCUCGGACUCGGGCCGCAUCGGCAAGCAGUGCCGCGAGCGCUACAACCACCACCUUCGGCCAGACAUCAAGAAGGAUGCCUGGACUGAGGAGGAGGAGUCGCUGCUAGUGGCGGCACACCUGCGCUACGGCAACCGCUGGAGUGACAUCGCCAAGGUCAUUCGCGGCCGUACCGAGAACGCAGUGAAGAACCACUGGAACGCAACCCUGAGGCGCAAGGACGGCGACAAGGCCAUCCGCAGCGGUACCGCACCGCAAUCGUGCGUGCUUAAGAACUACAUGAUCCGCCUGCACCUGCUGCCCGGGCCACCAGUCGGCCCGACCGCCGCCACGACGGCACUGCCUGACAACGCGGCGGCUGCCGUUGCACCGCUCCCCGCCAAGCCCGUCGCCAAGCGCGCCCGGUCCUCGGUGGCGGCUGAGUCUCCCAAGGUCGCUGGUGGCGUCCACCCAGCGGACCCGGCGCAGCCCGGCCCAUCGCCCUCCUCCUCCACCAGCACUCACGACGGCGUCAGCUCCAGCCCGCACCGCAGCUUUGAUGCCAGCGUGGCGUCGCCGGCCGGCGGGGCAGCCGCCAACCGCAAGCGGCCGCGCAUCAUCACUUUUGCCGCCGCGCCCGACCCGGCGGCCGCUAUCGCAGCCUCCACCCUGUCGCGUCACGCUUCGCCGGCGCCCCUGGCUGCAAUGCCCAUGCAGGACGGCAUGCCCAUGCCCCUCUUCGCGCCGCUGUCGCUCCUGGCCGUGCCCAACUUAACCGGCCAGGUGACAGCCGCGCCCACGGCGCCCGUGGCGAUGCGGAUGCAGUUCCAGAUGCAGCAGCAGCAACAGCAAGACAUGCACCCGCAGAUGCAGCAGCAGGUGGCCAUGCAGCCGUCCGCGCCGGCCAUGCGUCGCCCCAGCCCGCGUCCGCAGCCGGUGCAGCAGCAGCAGCAGCAGCAGCAGAUGCGCGGCAGCAGCCAGCCGCGCACGUCGCAGCCACCGCAGCGCGGCUCGGCGCCGCUGGGCUGGGCGUCCGACAGCGCCGAGGACAGCCUGUACGGCAGCCCCGUGUCUGACAGGUUUGUGGACAUGCAGUUUGAGGAGGACUACCUGUGCAGCCACGGUGCCGGGGGCCAGAAGGCGGCAGCGAUCGCAGCCCCGGCCUCCUAUAAGGCAGCUGAUGAGACGCAAGGGCAGGAGCUACAGCUGCAGUUGGCGGGCGUGGGCAGCAGCGAGGUGCAGGCGGCGCAGAUCAUGCUCGCCCUGCGGAGCCUGGCGGGCGGCCUGUGAGCGAAGCAGUCCCCCCCAGGGACGCUGCAUUCCAGCUGCCGGGGCACCCAUGACCCGUGUGAGCCGCCACCGAGGCAUUGGGCGCGGCUGUGGGCGGCCGCUGGCUGCUGCGCUGACUGACAGGUACACGGCGCGGUGCGUAAGGGGCUAAAGAGCGCCUAAGACAUAGAUACGGAACAUUUCCCCACAUAAGUUCAGGACAUCCAGUGCCCUUGAUUGCUUUGUUUGUUCGUUGUGCGUAGCUUUUUGAUCAAUCCACCUUGUUUAGUCGGACGGGCGUACUGCGUGCGCGUGCGCACGGGACGGAUAGGAGAGACUUGCUCCCCUCAUCACCAUAAGCAAGCUCAUGGCUUCACAGGAUGUCCGCGGCAAAAUGUCGUUUGUUUGUUUGUCUGCGCAUCUGUCGGAUGCCGAGUUUCGUAUGUGCGUGUCGCGUAGCCAGAGCAACAAAACAGGACGGGAGCAGGGCAUAGGCAUUCGGGCGUUUGGGUUCUACGUGCUUAAGUCACAGUGGGGCCUAAGCUUGCGAAGCCAUUGUAUUCUUUUCGUAUGUGGUUUCUUCAGUUUGUCCGCGGGUUUGCGAUAGUGGGAUGGGGUAGAAUUGCACGCGGACCGCAAGCGUGGGGCCUUGUUGGCGCCCGUUCCUGACACAUGAAGCGUGGGACCUGAGGGAGCAACUGCAAUUUCUGCGUCUUGCUCCGUCAGGCGGACGAAGACUUUUGAGUAGGCGUGUAUGAUUUGAGUGCGAGUAGCGUAACCUGAACGUGUCACCUUGCACAGAGAAUGCGUGUGAAAUGGCAAAUUGAACAGUGACUUGGUAGCGAGCGUGUAGAGUGUUGCGAAGACAUUAGCGAAACGUGUGCGUGCUGUGCACAUAUAGUGGCGUAACUCUUCCAUAUGCUGUAGUGCCUUUCGCUGGCUGUCAAGACCUCGAAUGAGAAUGUACGUGUCCUUGAACGUGUGUGUCUGUGGUGGCGGAAAUGGGGACGGAGCAUGGCAUGUAGGACACGAACAGGUGGACGACGAUGCUGGCAGUGGCAUGGCAUGCAGCGCGCAAGCACGGUGGUGGGUGAUGAAAUUAUGCAGCGGGCUGGGGAGCGAGCGGAAAGCACGGAGAUGGCAUGAGGAUGGACAGGAGUGGUGCCGCUAACGCGCACGCGACGCAACGACGUGUUGGAGGGCGGGGAGUACGGCGGUGUGAAAGGCCGCGAACGCUGGCUGGAAACACGAGAGUGCGCGGACAAAAUGCCUUCAAUGAUGCUCGGUGUGUGUGCUCGGCGUAUGUUGGAGCCAAGGAACCUCCUACCGGCUUGAGGCAUGACGUAGAUAAGUGCGCCUCGACUGACUAAUAAGCACUUGGUUCUUGCGUAUGUUAUUUUUUGCUAGCCCACAGCGUAUUGGUUGUGCGGCCGUACACCUAAACUGUUGAGAGUCGAGUAGAGUUGGCCAUGGGGCUGUAUCAGUAGUUUACGGCGCAGGUUUGCAGCUGUGCGUUGCGCUCACAUCGGGUUGCUGCGCAGCCUUGCUUUGCCCGAAAGUAUGUAGGGUGGGUACACGGUUUUGGAUAUAUACGGUGUUGAUGGUGCAAGAGGUGGCCUUAUCGCUAAGGGCACAGGAACGCAGGCGGCGGCGGCUGCAGGGGUGGAUCCGCCGAAAAGGCUUGGCACUGCCAGUCCCGUACCAGCCAGUACGAUGGCCACAAAUGCUGCAACACAAUAUGGUC